AUCUGGCUCCGUGCAAAGGUAGCCAUAGUCGACGUUUUCGUUUUAGAGAGAGAAUCGGAGAGUUCCUUCCUGCUUUGAGAGGAAAGAGAGAGAGAGGCCACCAUGAUAACGCGAUCGAAUCUGGCCGAACAGCUGCGAGAGUAUCAGAUUCGAUCCAAGCAUGACUGGGCCUCUUUCUCGUUCUUCUCCUCCACUUCUCCAAAUAUCACCACUUCCAGAGUGGAUGUGGUGAUCUUUGUAAUAUGGGAACUUGUUAUUUUAGCUUUCUUGGUUUUUUCAGUUGUCUCUUUGUACUUUAAGCACAUCCGGCUUGCUUUUAUUUUAGUCUGCAUCACAGUGCUAUUGCUUUUAUGCAUGAAAAUUACAAAACAAGUGAGACUGGCAAGGAAAAAGAAACGAAGGAUGCUUCUUCCUUUGUCGAUGUAAAAUGGUAUCAAGUCUUGAUCUUUGGCUUAUUUCCUUUUCUCUUCCCACCUUUUUACUGGAAUGGGGUCUUGACCAUAUCCAUUGGCCCAGCUUCUCAUUCAUCACUGGAUUGUGUAACUUCUGAUUCUGCCUAUGGCAAGUCGACUAAAGUAUAUAAUUGAUGCUUUUACAUCAACCCAAGCUUAUCCAAUCGGUUGAUGUAGAUCAUUAUGGGAGGUGGGAUAGCUUACUAAUGCUAGGGUCUUGUCACAUAUAUUUGGCAUUUCCUUUGCUGUUUACGUUUCUGUGUACUUCGGGCAACUGAUGCAAGUUACAAUUCAGUUUUUGACCCCUUGAUAGUGUUACGUACUUACAUUUGAAAGUUCAAAUACCAUCAGAUAAAUUCUUGUGUAAUGACGACAUAUGUGAGACAUAGUUCUAAUGGUGUGAUAUUGUGCACAAGUUAAGCUUUACUAGCUUUUGGAUACAAUUCCUGUGGUGUAAGUCUUGUAUGAAGAAUGUAAACCUUGUUAAAUUCAUUUUGUACGAUGUGAAAAUAUCCAUAUCUGUCUCAAGAACUGGCAGAUUUGUGAUUUUCUAAUGAAAUAUUUGUU